AAAAAAAAAAAAAGAAGUUCGGAGUCGAAUUUUUUCUUUCGUUCUUCGUUUUCAACCGAUGUACACGUACUCGCGUUCCAACGGUGAUAUUCGCGGUUCGGUUAAUCGACGAAGUGAAAGAAGAAGAAGGACGAAUCGAGAGUAAAAAGAAACGUGGUGAUUUUCGUUGUACCGUUCGUUGUUUUUAUUUGUUCUUCGAACGAUGUGUUUCUUCCGAAGUGCGGACGUUUCGAGUUUUUGGCGAUAGAAAAUUUAAAAAAAAACAGAAAAAAACAGCGACAAAAGGUGACAAUCGCCGAUAAUAAGAGGUGGUGAAAAAAUCGUCGGCGAAAGUUAAAUUACGUGAAGUCGUUUCGAAAGGACCCAUCCGACGUGAGUGUAGGACACGGACUAAAUGUGCGUCAAUGGAAGGUAUAGGGAGCAGUGUUUCCGAUCAUCAGCACCAUAGCGAGCAAUUAUUGGAAUCGGUCGAUUCCCCGUCCACGCUGACGAGGUCUACGCAUGAUCGCGGAAGUGCAGGCGGCGUUAGUGGGGGUUCGAAUGUUAACCGUGCCAUCGGAGGGAGACGAAACCACCGACACGAGGGCAGCGGCCACCACGGCGUCGGCAGGGGUGGUGGAAGCGGCGGCGGCGGCGGCGGUGGCGGUGGCGGUGGGGGCAGCGGCAGCGCGAGUGGAAGUGGAAGUGGAAGUGGGGGCGGCAGCAGCGGUUGCCUCGAGGGUAUGUCGUCCGCCUCCCAAAGUCCCGAUAUCGCGUGCGCGAGCCUGCCGCUGGAACUGCUCGCCUCGGCCGGUGCACUCGGCGUCAAGGAAGAAGGGAAGGAACGUUCGGAACUCGCAGGCGGUGUCGCGGAGGACCUGUCCUCGUCGCAGGAACCACCGGGAUCGGUGGGCGCGGGAGUCGGCGGCGGCGGCGGCGUCGGUGGCGUCGGUGGCGGUGGCGGCGGCGGCGGCGGCGGUGUUGUCGUCGGUGCCCCGACCAGGGAGUCCCUGUCAGUGAUCGUGCCCCCGCAGGACGUGGACGUCGACUCGCGUGACGCCGACUCGGAGUUGCUCAGUCCCGGCAAGCUGUCGCCGACAUCCGGCAUAAGCGUCUCCGUCGCGAGCAUGAUAGACGCCACGGACUUUCGCGCUAUGCAGCCGGAGCCGACCUACCAGACGCUGACCUCCGUCGCCGAGAGGAUGUCGCCCCCCGGCUUCAGUCCCGGUUCGUCCUACGCGACCCUGACGCCCCUUCAACCGUUGCCGCCGAUAUCGACGAUGAGCGACAAAUUCGUCUACGGCAGCCACGCGAGCGGCGGCGUCUCCGGCAGUUUCGCCGUGAUGCAGAACAACGGACUGGGCAACAUAGGACUGGGCGGCAUGGGCGGCUCGCCGUACGCCUACGACAAACUACCCUCGAUGGGCAUGUCGCCGCCACACAAUUACCCGUCGCCCGGCGCCGGACUGCAGCCUAGCCCGCUGUCGCCCCAGAGCGCGUACAGCCAGAGCGGACUGAAUUCGCCCCACAAAUCGGCCAGUCCGCAUUACGAACCGGCGUUCCUGCCGAGGUUACAGCAGAGUCCGGCCGCCCUGAGCCCACCCUCGCCCCCGACAUCGGCGAACGCUAAUUUCGCGCCCACCCAUCACUCGCCCCAAAGUCUCUCCGUGCCGACCUCGUCGCCGCCCCCCCAAAUGCAAACGCAGAUACAGCAAUCCAGUAUGCAGCAGCAACAGCAGCAGCAACAGCAGCAACAGCAACAGCAGCAACAGCAACAACAGCAACAACAACAACAACAACAGUCGCAACUGAGUCAACACGCGCAACACGCGCAGCACACGUCGGUGGUAAUGAAGACGGUGUCCUCGUCGGGCAACGGGGCCGGCGAGGUCGAGGAGAUAAACACUAAAGAGUUAGCCCAGCGUAUAAGUGCGGAAUUAAAGAGAUACAGUAUACCGCAGGCGAUAUUCGCCCAACGAGUUCUGUGCCGUAGUCAGGGUACCCUUAGUGACCUACUGCGCAAUCCGAAACCAUGGUCGAAACUGAAGAGCGGUCGCGAGACCUUCAGGAGGAUGUGGAAGUGGCUUCAAGAACCGGAGUUCCAAAGGAUGUCUGCCCUACGACUGGCAGCGCUAAGCAACUGCUCAGAGAGUGGCGGUGACCCGGACGGCAUGCUGGACCCUCACCAUCCUGGAUCCGGGAUCGAAACGCACCACCAACAGUUUCACAACUCGUAUGCUGCGCAGAUUCCACCACGAGGAACAUGCAAGAGGAAAGAAGAGAUGGCGACGCAAGCCGAACACCAACAGCCCGCGCCCAAGAAACCACGGCUGGUUUUCACAGACCUUCAGCGCCGUACUCUACAGGCUAUUUUUAAAGAGACGAAGAGGCCGUCUAAGGAAAUGCAAGUGACAAUCGCACGUCAGUUGGGAUUGGAGCCAACGACUGUUGGAAAUUUCUUUAUGAACGCCCGUCGUCGUUCCAUGGACAAGUGGAAAGACGAAGACCCGAAAGCCGUGGCGGUGGACGAAGGUCAAUUAUCUCCGACGAUUGGCCUUGGAUCUCGGCAAGCAACCGACGUUUUGUGACAUACGUCCGACCACGAGGAGUAUCACGACGAGUCGCCCGAAGAGGAUUUACCCUUUUCGUAGAAAGAAAAAAAAAAUAUACAUCUCAUUCGCUAAAAACCGAAAUCUCGAAUAAAACCGACGAAAAUCGCGGUCCUUUUAUUCUAUUUUUCUUUUCCAAUCGUCGUUCCUAUCGUUGUUACUUGGCUUAUUGUUUCUUUUCAAUUACAAAAUUGUAUAUAGUUGUAUUUUCUUUUAAAAAAAAAUCGAAAACAUGCUAGUCCUAUUUGUUCGGUACAAAACUAAAAAUAAAAAUCUAGUCAAAAUUUUACACGUAGGUAUUCGGAUACGAGUAGAGCGAACAAAUACAUAUUUUAUAUUCUAUUUUCAACUUUCUAUUUAUCGGAGGACCGUGAUCAUUGUUAAUGAUAUUCGAAACGGUGAAUUGAAUCGAAGAACAAAAAUGAGAUUGACUCGUCCGGCUCCUCGUUGGUCGCCCGGAAAUUUAAAUUUAGCAACUAACUAACC